GAACAAAGGCGAAAAUAAUAACAUUAAAAGUGGUAGUGGCGGCAGCGAUAGUGACGGUAACGGCAGCAGUGGCGCAAAGUGUGAGGACGAGGUGAAUGCACGGCGGCCGCGGUGUGUGCCAGUGGUGUGCGCGCUCGUCGCUCGUGGAAACCCGCCAAAACCCGCGGCCGCGAACAACCACCAGCAAGAGCAGCAACAAUAGCAACAACAACAGUAGUAGAAGGAAAAGAAGGAGGAGGAGAAGGAGGAGAAGGAGGAGAAGGUGGAACAGCGUUAGCAGUAGUAGUAGUAGUAGUGGUAGCAGCAGCAGCAGCAGAAGCAGUGGUAGCACGCGACGUUGUGCUGUUUUGACAACUUUCCGCCGCGUCGGGGCGUCGCGCCGUUUUUCUCGCGGCGGCGGCGGCAACGGCAGAAACGACAACAGCAAUAAGACAGUGACAACAACAACUUAUUUAAAAAAGGUCGAUUGUAACGGCAAUUACGACUGCUACUGUCUCUCCAGCCCAUACGACGUCGACGGUGGUGGCGACUGCGUUCUGUUAUUAUUUUGCCACGGUGCUUUUGACCCUACAAACCGGACGAGUUCAUUGCAGCGCUUUCGCGGGGGUGUCAGCCAGUUUUAUUACUCCGACCUUCUCCGUCCGCAGCAGCAGCGCCGACGGCGCCAGAACACGACGUGGUAUAUGCAGCAGCACGUCUAACUACAGGGUGAUUCUCCCGCUAGUUAACUCAAAGACAUUCACAUCGUAAGGAUUAUGGGAGUUAAUUGUGGAAUCGAAUAAGGAUUGAUUUUAUUGAAAAGGGAAAUUUGCAGUGUGGAAAAACAAGUGAAAUAGCAGUACAGUAGAAUACGGAAAGAAAGAACUAUACACAUUGUUAUUGAAAAUUGAUAAAGCUAAUUAAAAGGACGGAAAAGGACUUAGGAACGAAAACAAUUGAACAAGAAAAGGGUAUUAAAAAGCAGGUGUAUACAUUUGUAGAUCGUGUAAUAAAAAGGGAGAGAGAGAGAGUGAAAAAGAAAAAAGCUCAGUGUCUGUAAAUAAGAGUUAUUUUUUCGUAUGAGGGAAAAGGAGAUACAUCUACAUCGAAACGAGGAGAAACGAGUGAGAAGACGUUUAGAAGUCCUUGAACUAAACAAGGUUCGGAGGACUUUCUCUCUCUCUCUCUCUCUCUCUCUUAGAAGGAUAUACGAAGAAAGUGAUAAAACACUGGUGACAAAGAACAG